GUAAAGACAAUUAUGAAGUCUGUAAAUAAUACGAUAAGAAUCGGCACUCAGAAACAGCUAAAACAUAGGGUUUUAAAAGUUCCAAGAAAAACGAAUCAUCACAUAACACUUGAUCCAAUAAACAGAUUCAAUUAAAUGAAGGAUUGUGCAACUAAGAAGAUGGACUUUAAAUUAGGGAAAUUGAUUGGUUCUGGAUCACAGGGCCAAGUUUAUCAGGCUAUGAACAUGGACACAGGAGAAAUUGUUGCAUAUCAGUAAAAAUUCGAUGUCGAAUUGUCUUUUUUAUAAAUUCUUUAACAUAAGAAUAUCAUAAAAUAUAUCUCUCAUGAAAAUACAAAGGAUGGCAUCCUAAUUUAUUAGGAAUUUAUGCCAAUGGGAUCUAUUUCUUAGUUGCUUAGUGAUUUUGGGCCAAUCAAGGAGGAGACCGUGAAAAGAUAUACUCAGUAAAUUCUCAACGGCUUGGAGUAUUUGCAUAAAAAAGGAAUAUUGCAUUUAGAUCUGAAAUCAAGCAAUAUAUUACUAGACUCUAAUGGAUAUGUGAAGAUAUCCGAUUUUGGAUGUAGUAGGCAAAACAAAGAAAACUUAUAUUAAAGCAUUUUACAAGGUAGUGUUCCAUGGAUGGCACCUGAAGUCGUCAGAUAAGAAAGAAUUGGACCUGCUUCAGAUAUUUGGUCUUUUGGAUGUUUGAUUCUAGAGAUGAUAACAGGUAGACCUCCAUGGAGUGAACAGAUAAAUUUUGAUAAUCCAGCAACUAGCUUAUUAAGUAUAGGAUUGAGUGGAGAAUACCCUAGAAUCCCUCAGAGUGCAUCAAUAGAAAUGAAGGAAUUUUUGUUGAUGUGCUUAUCAGUGGAUCCAUUGUAGAGAGCUACCAUAAGAUAACUCAAGUAGAGUGCUUUUUUAUAGUGAUUUUAGUUUUAUUAUAAUUUGUAAUCCUAUCAAAAAAAAAUAUUAA